AUGUUUCAAGACGUGCAGGGCCUGCUUCUCCUGCUCGGCCUCGUAGCCGGGUCUCCGAAGCUUCCGAGCGUGUCGCCCCAGGAGGCGGUUCUUGUGCAGUCCUUCCGUCACUUUGACUACUUCCGAGGGAGCAUCCGCUUCCCCAGGGGGCGCCAGGGAGACCGGAGCAACAAGACGCUGCGCGUGUCGGGGUGGCUGGGUGCGACCCAUGGGAUCUUCCGCAACUGCUGGGGCUGCUAUGCUGGCUUCUGCACUUCGAGGAAGCUCUGCUGUGGGCUCCGGCCCAAUGCGGCCUGCUUCGAUGGGCUGUACUACAUGCAAGAGAUGUGCUGCGACACCCGGCUCGUGGCCUACGACAACCAUCCUGAGAUCCUCACUGAGUCUCUGCAUCAGCAGCUCGGCUUGGAGCAGAUCUACCAGCGCUUCACGGCGCGCAGGCUGGAGCACCUCGCGUCGCUGGCACUUCCGGUGUGGAAUCGCAAGGUACUCGAGCUUGGUGCACGACAAGGGGACCUGACACAUUUCUUCACAGAUCGCGGCUGCUUCGUUACGCUGGUGGAGCCACGGCAGACCAACGUCAUCGCGCUCCGCAAGAAGUUGGCCCUUGGCUAUCUCUUUCCCGACCCGGGCAAAGUCGAGGUACUGUCGAUGGAUCUGGAAGAGUCCAUGCCACAGGGGACGUGGGACAUCGUCUUCUGUUAUGGGCUCCUCUACCAUUUGCAAGAGCCAGAGAAGUUCCUGGAAAGAGUGGCGCCGCUGGUGUCUGACUUUCUGCUCAUGGAGACGGUUGUGUCGACUGAGGUCGUCGACAUCGUCGAGUCCGUCGAGUCAGACUCCAUGUCUCUCCGCGGCCACGCGCGACGCCUGCGCAGGGAGGACGUGUUCAUGCUGCUGAAGCGAUUCUUCCCGUAUGCAUACGUCCCAAUGACCCAACCAAACCACGAGCAGUUUGAGACUGAUUGGGCUCACCAGUCUGGCAACACCCGCCGAGAUGCCAUCCUGGAGCAACUUGACCGAGAUCCCAUCAUUGCCCACACCAACAAGGACAAGAUCAAGUACUACCAUGAGCAGCUCUUCCGCAGCCACCAAAUGCUGCUGAUGGACACGGCAACGUCCGAGUUCCUUUUCCUGAACGACUUCUUCGAUACCAAGGGCGACCACGGCCUGUUCGUGGAAGUGUUCGGAAAGACGACGCAGUACUUCCUCGACUCCUUGGAGGGCUUUCUUGGCAACUGCUGGGACUCGGUGGGCCUGUUGCUGAUGGUCCGAAUCGUGGACUUCUACAGGAAGCGCAUGCAGCAGCGUAAGGUCAGCUGCCUAGACUCCUACUUGGACGCCCUGCAGCUUCUCCUUUGGCCUAGGCUUCGCGUGGUGCUGGACGCCAACAUCGUGUCCCUCCGGAAGGCCUACCAGCAGAAUCUGCAAGCACCGACAAACAACAAUCCCCACUUGGUGACGAGGAGGUUCGCGGAGUUAGCCGCGUCGCUCUACUUCCUGAGCUCCAGCGAAGACAGUGGCCUGCCCGACACGCUGCAGCAGCCUCUGGCCGCCAUGCGGCAGGAGUUCUGCACGCUGCUGUCGGCCAUGGCCAACAGGUUGGAUGGGCAGGAUUCCGGCCUGGUGUUCUUGGUGAACAACUACGACCUGGUGCUGACCGUGUUCCACGAGCGCCACCUUCCCCGGAAUGCCACGGAGGUGUUUGAGGACCUCUUGCGCAACCAGGUGCAGAAGUUUGUCGAAAGCCAGCUGAUGAGCCAUUUCCCGGAGCUCGUGAUGUUUGUGAAGAACACGGAGCCGGCCGUGGCGAACAUUGACGAGACAACCGCACGCUCGCAACCGAGCCAGUCGCCACCCCCAGGUGUGGAUGUGCAGAAGAUGGAGCAGGUGGUCCGUAACUUCGCCGCGAAUUGGAAGAGGGAGAGGGACCAGAUCCACCAGUACGUCAUGGUCUCUUUCAGCAACUUCUCCAACGGCAUGGAGAUCCUGAAGCAGGUCCUGACGCAGCUGCUGCUGUACUACACCAGGCUGCAGAAGGUCAUCCGGAAGGCCUUUCCACAACAACCGCCAGCCUUUGCUAACGAGAUGGUCUCGAAUACCACGAGACUUGGCUCAGUCAGUAGGCUUCAGGGGUGGGCCGUGCUGCGCCUUCUCUUGCUCCUAUCAGUUCCAGCAUCAAGGGGGCUGCGGGACCGGGGGGGGAGAGAGUUUGCGUGCCUGGGCGCGGCGCUGUCAGGAGACAUGUCGAAGUCAGGCGUUGUGAAGAACUGGAUGGACGACAAGGGCUUUGGCUUCAUAGGACCAGAUGAUGGCAGCGAGGAUUUGUUCUGCCACUCUUCCUGUCUUCAAGGAUGCAAGGGCCUGGGCAAGGGAGACAAAGUCCGCUUCGAUGCAGAGUACGACGAUCGCAAAGGCAAGAUGCGAGCUGUGAACGUGUCCGUGGAGGGCGGCGGGGGUGGCGGGGGCGGCGGGCGCGGCUAUGAUCGGGAUGAUCGCCGUGGGGGCUAUGACCGACGGGAUGACCGCCGAGAUGACCGCCGAGACGACCGCCGGGACUAUGACCGUCGUGAUGACCGCCGCGAUGACCGCCGGGAUUACGACCGCCGAGAUGACCGCCGAGAUGAUCGCCGAGACGACAGGGGCAAGGGCAAAGGAGGCAAAGGAGGUGAUCGCUUCGGGGGGGACACCCGAGGUGACGACAUCAGCAACGGCGGCAAUAAGCACCUCACAGCUCGCGAGCUCUUCAUGAGGCCGCUUGUUGCUGAGAGCCUUCAUCUCAAGCGCCCCCCUGCUUCCAACUCCACUACUUGA